CUUCCGUUUUUGACAUCUUCGGUGUAAACAAAUGGCCGACUAUCGAACGUAAUGGCUGAACUUAAGUACGAUUUGGCUCUGGUUAAUACUGCAUCUGGGACAAAGAUAAGAGAAAAACCUUGGUACAAAGAGAGAUUACAUACAAAGUAUAUCAAAUCACUUAAACCAGAAGACACAUCCAAGGCACUACUGGGAAAGGACUGGCUUUUCUUAAAGGAUGGUUUAGAUGACUUUAGAGAUGGCCUCCCACCACCGGUCAAAGGAGAUAUAUUAAUAAAAGGUCAUAAAGGACCAGGCCCUAAUCUAAAAGGCAGUAGUGAAAAUAUUAGUCCAGUUAAGCAGCCUGCUGUGAAGAAUCGCUUCAGCAAACAUCAAAUAUGUUAUUCUCGGUCAACACCCCUUCAGCAAAGCAGAAGAGACCACAUAGAUGAAAUAGAGUAUAGUCUUGUACUGCACCCCUUGGCUCUCUACCCUCAUUUGGAGGAGAGUGUCCCUCCAGAGGUAAAUGAAAGACUGAUUAUCUUCUACAUGUACCAGUAUUAA